CUACACAUUUGGAGGUAAUACUAGUCACCCUAUAAUUAUCUACUCAGCAACUUUCUUGUUAUAGAGCACAAAGUUAUAACAACCACUUUCACAAAGGCUAGGGAGAGACAGCUGUUGAUCAAGCAAACUCACCAUUUGAAAUAUUUUACGUAUUUUUGAUUUCAGUUCUUCAUAAGCAGAGAGCCAUUUUGAUAAGAAUAAUAACUUUUUUGUUUCUUUUGUUAGAACUGUGUUUUGAUUAUAUGCUGCAAUGACCUGUCAGACUUUCAUAAGUCCAUUAGUUAGCUCCUUGCAUUACUGCGAGACUAACUGACGUCCUCUCUGACGUCAGGUCGUGGCAGAAAUUUGACUCUGCAGGUGGCGCACGUGGUCUGUUGUUUACUUCUUCCAGGAACGUUUUGGUUGGUCCAGCUGGAAGGGAGCAGGGGACGCUUAAAUUGUGAAACAGUUUUCCUGGAUAGAGUUACUCAGCAUUUAAGAGAAAAUAGAUUGAGUAUAGAGGCCGGAAAGAUGUCACACUGAAAGCUUUUCCUCUUCCGAAGCGGUUUAAUCCUUAAAAAGGGAAGAAAAAUACAAUCUAGAAUGCUUCAGUUUGGAAAUCUCUUUGCCCAUUUUCACCUUCCCCACAAAGCUUCAGAAAGUGCUCAAAAACCAAGCUUAAAGCAGCUUCCAAGCCUUCCAGACUUUUUACAACAUGUCUUGAAACUCACUGGGCUAAGGAAGGAAGAUGUACACUGCAAUCUUCGUAUCCCUGACCAGCAUCAAGCUGCCAAAGAUGACAUCAACAUGGUCAUCCUGACAGGCCAUGGGAUCUUCUGCAUUGAUGUAAUGCCCUGGAGUGGGACAGUGUGUGUUCACAACCAAAAUUGGCAUGUGCAAGUGAAAGACAAAGAUGAGAAUUUUACCAAUACUCGCAUUGAACAGGUUGAAGAUCCCAUCAAAGGUGUCACGCGCAAAAUGGCUCAAUUAUGCAGUCAUUUGAAGAGGAGCGGAGUGUCUGUACGCAACAGUCUCUUCUUCCCCAGAGUCAUCUUUCUCUCCCCCGACCUCAAGCUGGAUGAGGAGCUGAUGAAGAGAAGGGAGCUGGUACCUUACAGCAAGAUAGAUGAGUUCCUCAAAUCUUUCAAAGAGGGCUAUAUGGGCUGGAUAUCUGAUGCUUUGACUCCCUCCUGGAUCUCAGGUCAUCUGUCAUACAGGCAGAUGGAGUCUGUGAGAGGCAUCCUCAGGAAGAUGGGAACGUGGGACCUGGUGCUUUUGCAUGGUGGUGAGCAACUGAAAGGAGAUUACCAGGGCUGCCAGUACAUCGCGCUGGACCGCCAGGACACUGAGACGUUGGAGUUUUCCAGAGUCAAGACCCUCGCUGUGCAGUCAUUGUGGGCUUUGUUAGGCCACGUCCCUCAGGUAACUGUUAAAAUGUAUAAACGAGGUCCUCACGGCUGGCUGGGUAAAACCGUGAAUGCCACCGCCAUCAUCCCUUCCAACACCUUUGUGAUCUUCAGAGUUAGUGGCGAGGAAUCUGAUGCCAAAAUCCCAGCAAACACUAUUCACAGCAUCACACUUAGCAGAUGACACGGUGGAGACGAUCAAAGGAUUAAUUGAAGCUUUCUGAAUGAAUAAUGGUCGACCCCCACUUUGCGCGAGCUGUUAAUUAACCAUUAUUCCUGCCGACUGGGUCACAUCAGUUUGAGCAGUGAGUGUUUAAUGUGCUAAUCGUGGCUGUUAAAACGGGUGGCCUCUGGCUCGAUGAAGAUCCAGGAUGUCAAUGUUUCAGUGGGUUUUAUAGGAAGUUAUUUACAGACUGUUUGGAAAAGGUAAAUGUUUUUGAUAUCUUAAUAUGCUCCACUGCUCAGAGGAGACUAUGCAGUUCCAUGGUUUUAUUUUGCAGGCAUGGGAGUGGGAAAGAAUUGUGUAGGAUAAUACAGUAAAAUGAACUUUCUGUGGUGAUUGGAUCCCCUUUAGCUAAAGCCCAUCUGUACUUGUGCAGAAUUUUUAAUUUGUUAUUUGAGGGAGAGUUUAAAAAGCAAAACCACUUGUUUGCAUGGAUUUAGUCUUGGCAUUGAGCAAUUGAAAACAUUGAGACAAGCCAAAGCUUUUUUUUUAGUUACUGUAUAAAAAUGCUAAAAUGUUCCUUUGGUUUAAAGUUCUUUUUAUGUCUUUCUCUAAAGCAAUAGUUGUAGUGGUGACUGAAACACAGCUUCAACUAUUGCUUUAGAGAAAGACAUUUUAGCUAUAUUUCUAAACAAAUGCCCAUUAAAAAUAAUAUUAUAUUUAUACAGUCAAGUUCAAAGUAUUCAGAUUUUAGCAGAUGACAGAUUUUAGUUUAAUCUUUACAUUUCCCUAACGUGUAUCAUUUGAUUGGAAGUAACAUUUUGGAGUGACUGAUCUAGUCAGGUGUCCCAACUUAAUGUGAAAAAUGCUAAAGAUUAGAGUGAUUACAGAGAAUGACUAAGUCAAUAACAUGUUCAAGUUGUGACAAAUUUCUUGUGUAUGCAAAAUACAAAAGCAAUUAAAACAGUUUUUAUUUAGUUUAUUUUAUUUUUUCACAAUUUUCUGUCAAUACCAUAAAACUUCUAAGAAUUAUUGUAUUGUUAGAAUCUAACUCGGGCAUAUCUUUAAACAAUAUCAGCUAAACUUGAUUAAUUGAUUUGUAUUCCUUAAAUUAAAGCCAAAGGGCCAACAGCUAUUUUAUGAACAGCGUUGGCUAAAAGGUAUUUUGAAAAAUGGGUAAAAUAAUAACAGAUAAAGAAGACUAAUGAGCAGUGAUUUGAUGCAUGAUGUAUUUUAAUAUAUUUGUGCUCUCUAUUUGAAUGCCUUUCAGUCUUCUUGAAAUUUCAAGCACUUCACAGAAAUGGAUUGUCAUUACUUUCUUUGGCUGAUUAGUUUAAGCAAUAAUAUGUGGGUUUUUAAGUCAUUGUUUUUAAUUUGUGGUAUAAUAAAGGUUCUUCAUUGUUUA